AUGGAAGAGCAGAAGUAUCCUGUUCCCUUCUUGAUCAUAGCUGCCAUGGAGGGAGAAGACAUGGAGUCUAUAGACAAAAUAAACUACUGGUGUAGGCGGUUCUGGGCCGGGGAUGGUACAGUAAAUGUAACGUUGGGAGCGAGCAAAGAAACUACGGUACAGCUCGCUUCCGUUGUUACAAAGAAAGACAACGAAACAGUAACUCUGAUUUCCGUAUUGUUCAACACCGCUUUGUCUCCUGAUGAAGACAUAUAUGUCAACAACCAGAAACAGGCCAACAGUACAGGCGCGAGGGUCGUAACGUGCGUCCUGGUCAGUGGGAUGAAUAAAUCCGAGGCCUCCUUCGAAGUCUUUAAAAAACGCGGAGAGCCAGAGACCGUGCACGUGCGCCACAAUAUCAGCGACCAAAGUUGGAACAACAACACCGCCGUCAACAAGACGGAUCUAAACAGAGAUAGCACGUCAAUAGAAAACAGUACGACUUCCCACCCUCAGGGGCCUACCCAUAUUGAUGUGACUGUAACGGUACAAUCAGAACUACCGGAUCAAGAGCAACCGGUGCUCUCUGACGGUGUGAUAUUUGUGAUCAUAGCUGGAAUAUUUCUAGACGCGGUGGUUGGCGCCUGCGUGGUUAGAAUGCUGGUAAAGAGGCGAUGCCCCACCCGUCGUCAUGACGACCGUCGCCAUGACUACGAGAACGCCGAUGACGACCCACAUAUCUACUGUGAGAUACCCGAUGUCCCGGUCGGUCCUCCACCCCGGCCUGUUGUGCCCGACACACGGGGGGUUGGUCAGGCCUCCACGUCGAGAACAGCCGAAGACGACGACUCAAGCUACUCGGAAAUUCCAGACGACUACUUUAACUUCAACAACCCUGGAUACCGGUAUCAUCGUAACUCGCUGCCACUGGAUGAUCACGACUACUGGCCGAUAUUGGAUGAGUUCUACGGUUACGAGAACACCGGAAGGCUGGCGAACUGGCGCCCGUCCUCACUGCCGCUGACGUUUGAGGCGACGUACGAAAACGUCAAGUACGAGAACGUUGGACGCUGGCAACGGAAACCUUCUGAUAUUGACUAUACACCAAUGAAUGGGAGGGUAGGGAAGAAUGCAGGCGGCAUUACAAGUAGAAGACCUGCUACGGAAGACGCCGAAACGCUGGCGAGCUGGCGUCCUUCUUCACUGCCACUAACACUUGAGGUGACGUACGAAAACGUCCCGUACGUGAACGUUGGACGCUGGCCGCGACAACCUUCCAACGAGCACCCAGACUACAGGAAUGCCAUUCACCUGUGUGAAUUUCUGGGCUACACACCAUUGAUGACUACUGGGAAAGUAAGGAAGAAGACAGACGCCGUUGCCCGUGGGAGACCUGCUACAAAAAGGCAAAGGUCCCGUGACGUGAUUAUGAGAGGGGGGUACGGGACAGAGUCACGGUCUUCUGUGGUAGAGUCUGGCGGUCACAACAUGGCUGCGCGUGUUGGCUGGAGAGUCAGGCAGGAGGGUCGAAACAACAUUACGUACAACGUGACUAAGAGAUUCAGUGACCGACGGAGGAGCGCAUACCAAUCGCCAAGAAGAGUUUCUGUCUCAAUGUCUAACAAUAGGGCUUACAAGUCACAUUGGAAAUGGGGCAGAGCCUCUGUUCACAAGUAUUGGAACCAAGACAUACCAUUGUCAGUAGAAACAAGAACAUGGUUGGGAAGAGUGAAACCUGGACUCCGUCAUAGUCUGUAA